GAGCCCAAACGUAAUCAUUGAGCGACCCUAUCACAGGAAACACUGCUGUGUUUGUUCAUGGUGGUGAAUUCAGUUUGAACACAUUUUAAAAACAAGUCAAGACAUUAUACCUGUAUGAGUUUUGGCGACGAAGUGUAGGAACCAUGCCAAAAGUUGUUUCUAGGAGUGUUGUCUGCUCUGACACGCGCGACCGUGAAGAAUAUGACGAUGGAGAGAAACCCCUUCAUGUUUACUACUGUCUGUGUGGCCAAAUGGUGCUUGUAUUGGACUGCCAACUGGAGAAGUUGCCCAUGAGGCCGAGAGAUAAGGCCAGAGUCAUAGACGCUGCCAAACACGCUCACAAGUUCUGCAAUGUGGAGCAGGACGAGUGUGUGUACCUGAAAAGGCCAGACGGAAUUGAGAGGCAGUACAGAAAGAAGUGUGGAAAGUGUGGGCUGCUGCUCUUCUACCAGCACCUGCUGAAGAACACCCCGGCCACGUUCAUAGUGGACGGGGCCGUGGUCAAGUUCGGCCAAGGGUUCGGGAGCACCAACGUCUACAGCCAGAAAACCGAGGCUCCUAAGAAAGUCAGGGUGAUGAUGACCAAGCGCACCAAGGACAUGGGCAAAUUCAGCUCCGUGACUGUGUCCACUAUUGAUGAGGAGGAGGAAGAGAUUGAGGCGAGGGAGAUUGCGGACUCGUAUGCCCAGAACGCCAAGGUCAUCGAGAAACAGCUGGAGAGGAAAGGCAUGAGCAAGAGAAGACUGCAGGAGCUGGCGGAACUGGAAGCAAAGAAGGCGAAAAUGAAGGGAACUCUCAUUGAUAACCAGUUCAAGUAGAGUGUGUGCGUGCGUGUAUUUGCGUGACAGCGUGUAUGUAUUUUCAUACAUAAGUGUUUUUGUUUCCCUCCCUGAAAAAGACAAAGGGGUUUUUCUAAGAAUGUUUAGUUUUAAAAAAAAUGAGGACUCCAGGCUGUCAUUAGAUGAUUUACUACUACAUCAAGGUUAACUCCAGCAGGUUUCCUACAGAGCCACCACCUUGGAACACCCCCAGGUCUGUCAUGCUAAACUGCCCUAGCAGCAUAAUGGUAAAAAUAAAAUCAGCAACUUGUAUAGAACAGCACAUGAAGGUUGUACUGUGCUCUUAUUGUUGGGCUUUUCUAUAAAAUGGGAUUUGUAUCGUCAAAACAGCAAAAAAUGAUGCAGUAUGGUGUUAGACAUGUAUAUAUUUUUUUAUUUUUCACAAUGAUUCAUAACAAUGGACAGUUCCUUGUUUUUAUGUGUCUUAAUAAAAAUCCUUGCCCAAGUGUA